GCGGCGACGGAAAUGUUCUCAAUUCAUCGUGGAUAAAAGCAUCUACCCACAGGUAUAGUUGAAGACACGAAGUCUUUGCAAAUAGGAAAACCACAAUUGUCAUUUUUUCCCCAUAUAUAAAUAUGUGGCUGCGGAAGCUGCUUCAUCCAUCCAUCCAUCAAAGUAGAUACUUGUAGAGAUUUUAUUUGCUGUUACAAGUGAAGAUGGCCAAAUCAUCCUCCGCCUCCUGCCUUCUCCUGCUCCUCUUUAUUGUCUUCCCAGGGAUUAACGGAUCAAACCAGACGGCACUUCAGAAGCAUGUGUCGUUCUUUGACAGGGACAAAGAUGGGGUCAUCUAUCUACAAGAGACCUACGAAGGAUUCCGUGCACUUGGGUUCGGUGUUGCCUUCUCUUCCGCGGCCUCCGUCUUAAUCAAUGGCUUCCUCAGUCCCAAAACCAACGAUGGCUCGAUAUCGUCAUUCUCUCUCCCUGUUCUUGUAGACAACAUUCAAAAAGGCAUACAUGGAAGCGACACUGGUGCCUAUGACACUGAGGGAAGGUUUGUUUCUGAAAAGUUCGAGGAGAUUUUUCAGAAGCAUGCACACACUAACCCUAAUGCACUAACAUCUGAUGAGUUGAAUGAGAUGCUUGAAGCGAAUCAACAACCUAAUGACUUCCAAGGACGGGUUGCUAGCCACUCAGAAUGGGAUUCUUUAUUCUCUCUCGCUAAGGAUAACAAUGGAUUGCUUCAAAGGGACACCAUAAGAUCUGUCUAUGAUGGAAGCCUGUUUUAUAAAUUGGAGGGGGAGAAAAAAGUCUCUCAAAUGAAAGCAUGGUGGUGAUAGCUAAAAUGGAUUGUAGCUUAUUAAUGUCAGUGGACUUAUUGCUUGAAAUAUUAUUUCCGAAUGUUGAUCAUGUAGGCUAAAAAAUUGUUCCUAAUGUUCACAAUUUCAUAAUUCUCUUGGUCACUCUCUUCCC